AUGGGGACCGGGUUGUGUAGCAGGAGGCAGAAGGGCCUUCUCCAGACGGGGUUUUGCCUGGUGGCGCUCGCCUGCCUGGGCUCCGGAGCUUUCCUGUACACCCAUCUCCGGCAGAAGGUGACGGUGUCCGAGGCGCUGGCUUCGAAAUACAGGCAGCAGCAAGAGGCGCUUUCCGCUCAGCUGCAAGUUGUUUAUGAACACAGAUCUCGGCUAGAACGAUCCUUGCAGAAGGAGCGAGGGGAACAUAAGAAGACAAAAGAAGAUUUUUUAGUAUACAAACUAGAAGCUCAGGAAGCCCUUAACAAAGAAAAGCAAGAUUCCAUGAACAGAUACGGUGCUCUGAGCUCCCAGCAUAAGAUACUGAAGAACCAGCACGAAGAUGUGAAGAAGCAGCUUCUGGAUUUGCAGCUGCAACACAACGGGUUGAAACUGGAGCAUCGGAAGGCAUUGGAGACCCACGGCCAGAAAUAUUCGCAGCUGCAGCGGGAGAAAGAAGUGGAGGUCGUCGCUUUGCAGGAUACGGUCUACAAGCUGCGGGAAGAGAGCAAACUGCUUCGAAAGGCUCACCAGGAUGUCCAUUCACAACUUCUCAGUGCUCAGGCCCAAAUGGACGAGUUCAGACAGCUCAAAGAGACGCUUCAGAGGAUGCCAAGCUUCAAGGAAGCGGGAGCCGCCGACGGGCAGCAGCAACCGAUUCCCAACCUGCGGCCCCCACAGCCCGCCCAGGGCCUGCUGCAGCUUGCCAGAGACAAGGCUUCCCCAGGCAAUGAGGACAAACCUCCCCUGAGUCCCCUGGAACAGGCCGCAGCUCCCCGGGAGAGCUCACUGGUCGCUCAGGCGCCGGAUCCCAAACGCUGGAAAGACGAGAACCCUCCCCGAGGCCAGGUUUCCCAAAGCAACAACCGACCCGUGCCGCUUGGCCAGCUGGCGCCUCUGCGCGAGCCUCGCCUGCCCCUCGCCGUUUGGCCUCCUCCGGGGCCAAAGGACGGCCACGUCAUCCGUUUCACAAGGAUGGUGAACAGCGUGCAGAGCGUGAGCCAGGAUCAAAAGGCUUUGAAGAUUAUGCAGGAAGAAAGGGAGGACCAUGCAAAUUCGCCAAGGAUUGCACCUGGCGAGAAAGCACAGGCUUCAGAGAAAGAACCCUCCACGGGAAAUGACCGCGAGCCCGUGGUGCAGAGUUGGCAAGACAUCGUGAACAAAGUGAACGCCCAGAUGGACGAGGAACAAGCGCCCCGGCAAAGUCUUCGCCUCCCCGCCCGAGCCGAGCAAGCGCUGCCAAACCGCAAUCGAAUGCCGAGCAGUCAGCAGCAAGGGGCCGAACGGCAACAACCACGAGCGGGUUGGGAAACAGGGAAAGGAGGAACGGAUGAUGAGGAGCUUCAAAUGGAUGCGGGUAUGAUUGAGAGAGAAGAGAACCCCCGGAAGGAAUCGGUGAUCCAGGAACCGAUGGUACCAGACAAUGCCGCGGAUCCAGCCCAGGACCCCAACAAUCAAGGAGAAGACGAAUUUGAAGAGGCAGAGCUGGAGCGGCCGGACUUUGAAGAGAAAGCGGGCCAACUUGGCCAUACUCACCAGCCCGCUAAAGAUGCCACAAAACAGAAGAUCCAGAAGGAUGCUGCCGGACUGAGGAAGGCUGCAAAUGAUCCGAUGGACGAUUAUCAAGACCAGGAGCAGGACCUGGAGGAUCACGGAGGCGAGGUGGAAGAUCCCGACGACCUGGAGCCGGUCCGAGGAGCCAAGGGCCACAUAGAAGGAGUCGGCAAGAAAGACGAUUACUACUGAGGAUUUUGGCAGCCUGGGGGAGAUCGGAGAAGAGCCUGGAAGGGUGAAC